GAGAGGAUGAAAGAGAGGCGAUGGCGAUCGCGGCGUCCGUGACGUCGCAGAGGGCCCGACAGAGGGAUUAGGGCUCUUUGGGCUCGCGAUUUGGGGAGGAAUCCGAGGUGGGCUGCCGCGCAUACGGCCGAUUCUUUGAGAGAUUCUUUGGUGGUCGAACAGAUCAAUCGAUUCUUUUCCCCUCUCCCCCUCUUUCUCUCUCGCGCGCGCGCGCCUAGAUCUGAUCUAAAGUCGGUAGCGCCCACAUUGAAAGCGUGGGGAUGGAUCGGUGCUCCUACAUUUCUUGAUCAAUGCAAGAAGAGAGGAGGAGUAGUUUGCGAGUAGUUCUUGUUUGUAGCGAGCUCCCAUUUUCCCUCUCUUGAAUGGGAGAGGGGGCAAAGGAGGAGAUCCAUCGCCCCAGGUGAUCUUCUUGGGAAUUGCGAGCGCAAUCGCUCCGGCUUCCUCCCAUCGCCGCUGCCCAGGAAGAGGAAUCGAGCCAAGAUUCGCGAAUUGCGCGAACCAAGAACAGGGGGGUAGAAAGAAAAGGGACAUUUUUUUCUCUUUCGGUUUGUUUGGUUGUUCUUCCGGUCUCGAUUCUCUUCGCUGGGUUUGUUGGUUCGUUGGAUUGUUUGGUGGGCGGCUUGCCCCGGACGAAACCAUCCUGCCCAAUUUGCGCGAUCUCGCGAUCUCUCGCGCUCCACCCAAUGCUGAACGAAUUCUCGCGCGAAUGAGCCACCAAGAUGCCCCGGAAGGAAGAUCCACAGGAAGAGAAAGAGCAAGGGCUGGAAGAGCAGGAGGAGAACGAAGAGGAGGAUGGAUUCCAGCAGCAGCGGUGGAAGGAUUUGGAGGUAGCCGCCAUAGCCAAGAUCAAGAAUUUCCAGCGCGGGAGGAAGAAGAAGAGUAGCAAUUCGGCCAUGAUUCCAGCGCCCUCUUCGCAUCGAUCGCGGCUCCACGUCUGGCUCCUCCGCGCGAGCACCAGCAUUCUCUUGUGGACGUGUAUCAUCCAACUCACGGCGCUGGGCGAGCUGUGGAGGCUCCAUUUGGUAAAGCGAUGGCCUUCGUGCUUCGAUCGAUUCGACUCGGGUGGGAGUAGCAGCGGCAGUAGCAGCGUGGAUUUCCAUCGCCCUCUUGUCCAUCGGUUGGAUCAUCCGGCCGCCGCGGCGUUGCUGCUCGAUCCAUCUCCGCCACCUCGAAGAAUUUACAAGAACAAUGGCUAUCUCAUGGUUUCGUGCAAUGGAGGGCUCAACCAGAUGCGAGCAGCGAUAUGUGAUAUGGUCGCCAUCGCCAAGUAUUUAAACGUUACUUUGAUCGUUCCAGAGUUGGACAAGACAUCGUUCUGGGCCGAUCCCAGUGACUUUGGAGAUAUCUUCGACGUGGAUCACUUUAUAAACUCUCUCCGUGACGAAGUCCGGAUCAUCAAACAAGUUCCAGCCAAAUUCGCACAGAAGCUGCAAAACCAAGCUGUCUAUACCAUGCCUCCCGUGAGCUGGUCCAACGAGUCAUAUUAUCUCAACCAGAUACUUCCACUGAUCAAGAAGCACAAAAUCCUCCACUUAAACCGCACGGACGCUCGCCUAGCAAACAAUGGCCUUCCGGACGAGAUCCAGAAGCUCCGGUGCCGCGUAAACUUCCACUCUCUUCGUUUCACUCCCCAGAUCGAGCUCCUCGGUGAUAAGCUCGUCAAGCUCUUGCAGGCCAAGGGUCCAUUCAUGGCUCUCCAUCUCCGCUACGAGAUGGACAUGCUAGCUUUCUCUGGAUGCACUCACGGCUGCAAGAGAGUAGAAGCCAAGGAGCUCACGAGAAUGAGAUACGCUUACCCGUGGUGGAAGGAGAAGAUCAUUGACGGUGUCCAAAAGAGAAAAGACGGGCUUUGUCCACUCACUCCGGAAGAGACGACUUUGAUUUUACGAGCGCUGGGAUACGACAGUGGCAUGCAAGUAUACAUCGCUGCUGGAGAGAUCUACGGAGGUGACAAGCGAAUGGCAGUCGUAAGGCGAGCUUUUCCAAAGAUCGUGAGAAAGGAGAUGCUUCUCACGGAGGAGGAGCUGAGACCUUUCCAGAACAGGUCCUCGCAAAUGGCAGCCUUGGAUUAUCUCAUCUCGCUCGCCAGUGACGUCUUCAUUCCAACUUACGAUGGGAAUAUGGCUAAAGUCGUGGAAGGACACCGAAGGUACUUGGGAUUCCGCAAGACAGUUUUACUGGACAGGAAGAGUCUGGUGGAACUCAUCGACGAGUAUGAAUCUGGAACGUUUCGGUGGGACGAGUUUGCGAUGGCGGUGAGGCAUCUCCACGCGGAGCGAAUGGGAUCUCCUGUGGAGAGACGAGUUCUCCCAGACAGGCCCAAGGAGGAGGACUACUUUUUCUCCAAUCCGCGAGAGUGCCUUGUUCCACAGCUGCAAGGAGAUACGACGAGUAUGUAGCCAUCCACGGUGCAUGCAUAGAGAGUUUUUCUUCUGCUGUUUUUAUUUUCAUUUUUUCUUUUUUUACUUUCGUUUUCAUCUUCACGAAUGUAUGGAUGGAGGAGUGGUGGUGGCUGCUGUAAAUUUUGGGCCCGGAUUUUUGGGGACAACACAAUUUGUAACUUAGAAAACCAAUAAAGAUUCAAUUUUUGGUA